GGGGGAGCCGGCGCGACUGGCCGAGUCACACAAAGACUCGAGUUCACGACGCAAGUGCGUCCUCCAGGAAGAGGGUGCCCCCAGUCGGUGCGCGGUCGGGAGCGCGAAAGUGCGCCCCUCCAGGAAGAAGGUGCCCCCGCUCCGAGCGCCACUUUUUAUUUUUUUGGCGCUCUCGGCGAGCGAGCCGCGAGGAGGCGGAAGACAGUCCCGGGCCGGCGCGGGAAUCGGGGCCAGCAGGCGCCUGAGUUGCUGCGCGUGUCGCCCUGCCGGCGAGCCGCCACUGCGGUCGCUCCCUCGUCCAGGUUCUGAAAAGUGCCUUUUCUGAAAACUCUGCUGCUUGGAUUCUACUCUAGAGCUCUCUUUCCAAGCUCUCUCCCAUACACCCUCCCCCACUCCCGCCCCUACAAAACUUGCUGUGCUUGUAGUUCACUGUCAGCAACUCGCCCGUUGAUUUUUUUUUCUCUCAUUCUCAGUGUUCUUAGUCAUUUUUCCUCCCCUUGAUUUUGCAAAACUAUUUUUUAGGUUGUAACAUCUUCCCGAUCUUAUUCUUUAGAGCAACGAAUUGGGGAGACAGACUUUUCUCCCUUGAUCUGAGACCAUUCCACACACUGAAGGGCAGCCAGCAACAUAUGCUUUUUGUAAGAAUAAUUGAAAACAUCAACUAGACAGCAUAGAAUUCUUUUGAAAGUCUGCCAGUUAUUUGAAGCAAAUUCAGUAAAGGAACAAAAUAUAGUACGCAAUAUCUUAACCUUAAUAGUUGCCUUCUUAGGACCUGGUCUCUAAUUUGAUUUUUGGUUAUUCUGAUGCAAAGUUGACUUAAGUAGCUUUUUGUGUUUGGCCAGAUUAGGUUUGCCUUCACUGAGAAGCUAAGUGCUAAACAAACACAUUCCAUCAAAGCAACCUGCUCUCACUCCGCAUUUGCUUCAGAUUCACUUAGACUCCUCAAACCAUCCACUGACAGGUUAUUGUCUGAAGGAGGGUGCACUUGAUUGCCAUUUUGCUUUCAAUAUGACAACUGUUAGUGUAGCUCUCACUCGAGAUACCAAGUGGCUGACUUUAGAAGUUUGUAGAGAAUUUCAGAGAGGAACUUGCUCUCGAGCUGAUACAGAGUGCAUGUUUGCCCAUCCGCCAAGAGUUUGCCAUGUCGAAAACGGCCGUGUGGUGGCCUGUUUUGAUUCUCUGAAGGGUCGGUGCACUCGAGACAACUGCAAGUACCUACACCCUCCACCCCAUUUAAAGUCGCAGCUGGAAAUUAAUGGGAGAAACAAUCUGAUUCAACAGAGGACUGUCGCAGCCAUGUUCGCCCAGCAGAUGCAGCUUAUGCUCCAGAAUGCUCAGAUGUCAUCUCUCGCAUCUUUUCCUAUGAAUCCAUCGCUUGCAGCUAAUCCUGCCAUGGCUUUCAAUCCUUACAUGCAUCAUCCUGGGAUGGGCCUGGUUCCUGCUGAUUUUUUACCAAAUACUCCAGUUCUGUUUCCUGGAAAUCCACCUCUUGCAUUGCCAGGAGUUCCUGCCCCAAAGCCAGCUCGUACAGAUAGACUGGAGGUUUGCCGUGAAUUUCAGCGUGGAAAUUGUACCCGUGGGGAGAGUGAGUGUCGCUAUGCUCACCCUACUGAUGUUUCUAUGAUUGAAGUGUCUGACAAUACUGUCACAAUCUGCAUGGAUUACAUUAAGGGCCGAUGCUCCCGGGAGAAAUGCAAGUACUUUCAUCCUCCUCCCCACUUGCAAGCCAAGCUCAAGGCGGCUCAUCACCAGAUGAACCAUUCAGCGGCUGCUGCAAUGGCCCUGCCACCUGGUGCACUGCAACUGAUACCAAAGAGGUCAGCCCUUGAUAAGGCCAAUGGUGCCACCCCGGUCUUUAAUCCCAAUGUUUUCCACUACCAACAGGCUCUGGCUAACAUGCAGAUUCCGCAGCCGGCAUUUAUCCCUACAGGGCCAAUACUGUGCAUGGCACCCGCUUCAACUUUUGUGCCCAUGAUGCACGGUGCUACACCUUCCACUGUGUCUGCAGCAGCAACACCUGCCACCAACGUUCCCUUCGUUCCAACAACUACAGGCAAUCAGAUGCCCCAGUUUUCAGUAGAUGAACUGAAUAGGAGCAUGUUUGUUUCUCAGAUGUAGAAGUUACCAGUAGAACAUUGAAAUUCUGAGCAGCAGAGUUACGGAGUAUCAGAAUGUCUCAGCAAGAAACUCCAUAUGGCCUUUCUAUAUGUAUUCUCGUAUGUCCUCUUCUACCAACACGACAAUAAGCAUGGUGCAGUCCAUAUAUUAAGCACAUACACCAGCUGAAAAUUGAAAAUAAAGCAUUCAAAAAUCUUUGGAGAUAUUAAAGUGAAUAGAAAAUUGGCCACUGUGUGUUACCUAGUAUGAAUUAUUAAUUGUAUAAGAGUUAGCAUAUAGAAUAUGACCAUAUAGCUUUGACAUUUAUUUGAAUUAUCAGCUCCGUAUUACAAGAGUUAGCCAUCUGAUAUGAUUAUCACGUUGAAGUUAACCAUAAAGUUUUCUAGUUUUUUUUCCCCAAAAUGAUUGAUGUUAAAUGAACUUGCAGAGUACUGUAAUAAGCUUACUGUACAUUCUUGGUGGAUAAAUUCUGUUGCUGAAGUGUUACCUUACUGUGUUGUUUACAGGAGAGACUAUUGGAUUGAUGUAGAAUGUAACUAAUAUAUCCAGUACUAUUUCCCCCAUUGAUAUAUUGUAUUAAAUUGGGUUCUAUUUGGCUUGUC